UCGCUUUGGGGAACCCAGCUUGCAGCCAAUGAACCCGCCUUCCAGAUUGGUGUGAAGACAGAACUUCGUUUUAGGCGUAGCACAGCCAGGCAGAAGAAAAUGGGGCAAAGCGUGCUCCGGGCGGUCUUCUUUUUAGUCCUGGGGCUUUUGGGUCAUUCUCACGGAGGAUUCCCCAACACCAUCAGCAUAGGUGGACUUUUCAUGAGAAACACGGUUCAGGAGCACAGCGCUUUCCGCUUUGCUGUGCAGUUAUACAACACCAACCAGAACACCACUGAGAAGCCCUUCCAUUUGAAUUACCACGUAGACCACUUGGAUUCCUCCAAUAGUUUUUCUGUGACUAAUGCUUUCUGCUCCCAGUUCUCCAGAGGGGUGUAUGCUAUCUUUGGAUUCUAUGACCAGAUGUCAAUGAACACCCUGACCUCCUUCUGUGGGGCCCUACACACAUCUUUUGUCACACCUAGCUUUCCCACUGAUGCAGAUGUGCAGUUCGUCAUCCAGAUGCGCCCAGCCCUGAAGGGUGCCAUUCUGAGUCUUCUCGGUUACUACAAGUGGGAGAAGUUUGUGUACCUCUACGACACAGACCGAGGGUUUUCCAUUCUACAAGCAAUUAUGGAGGCAGCAGUGCAAAACAACUGGCAAGUGACAGCAAGGUCUGUGGGAAACAUAAAGGACGUCCAGGAAUUCAGACGCAUCAUUGAAGAAAUGGACAGAAGGCAGGAAAAACGAUACUUGAUUGACUGUGAAGUCGAAAGGAUUAACACAAUUUUGGAACAGGUUGUGAUCCUGGGGAAGCAUUCAAGAGGCUAUCACUACAUGCUUGCUAACCUGGGUUUUACUGACAUUUUACUGGAAAGAGUCAUGCAUGGGGGAGCCAACAUUACAGGUUUCCAGAUUGUCAACAAUGAAAACCCAAUGGUUCAGCAGUUCAUACAGCGCUGGGUGAGACUGGAUGAAAGGGAAUUCCCUGAAGCCAAGAAUGCACCACUGAAGUAUACAUCUGCGCUGACACAUGACGCAAUAUUGGUCAUAGCAGAAGCCUUCCGAUACCUGAGGAGACAGAGAGUGGAUGUCUCCCGCAGAGGCAGUGCUGGAGACUGCUUAGCAAAUCCCGCUGUGCCCUGGAGUCAAGGAAUUGAUAUUGAGAGAGCUCUGAAAAUGGUGCAAGUACAAGGAAUGACUGGAAACAUCCAAUUUGACACUUAUGGGCGUAGGACAAAUUAUACCAUUGAUGUCUAUGAGAUGAAAGUCUCAGGUUCUCGAAAAGCUGGUUACUGGAACGAAUAUGAAAGGUUUGUGCCCUUCUCAGAUCAACAAAUCAGCAAUGACAGCUCAUCCUCAGAGAACCGGACCAUUGUAGUGACUACCAUUCUGGAAUCACCAUAUGUGAUGUAUAAAAAGAAUCAUGAGCAGCUGGAAGGAAAUGAGCGCUAUGAAGGCUACUGUGUUGAUUUAGCCUAUGAAAUAGCCAAACACGUAAGGAUCAAAUACAAAUUGUCCAUUGUCGGUGAUGGGAAAUAUGGCGCCAGAGAUCCAGAGACUAAAAUAUGGAAUGGCAUGGUUGGGGAACUUGUCUAUGGAAGAGCUGAUAUAGCUGUUGCUCCACUCACUAUAACACUGGUCCGUGAAGAAGUCAUAGAUUUCUCAAAGCCAUUUAUGAGCUUGGGAAUCUCCAUCAUGAUAAAGAAGCCUCAGAAAUCAAAGCCAGGCGUCUUUUCAUUCCUGGAUCCUUUGGCUUAUGAAAUCUGGAUGUGCAUUGUCUUCGCUUACAUUGGAGUCAGUGUAGUUCUCUUCCUAGUCAGCAGAUUUAGCCCUUAUGAGUGGCACUUGGAAGACAACAAUGAAGAACCUCGUGACCCACAAAGCCCUCCUGAUCCUCCCAAUGAAUUUGGAAUAUUUAACAGUCUUUGGUUUUCCUUGGGUGCUUUCAUGCAGCAAGGAUGUGAUAUUUCUCCAAGAUCACUUUCUGGGCGCAUUGUUGGAGGGGUUUGGUGGUUCUUCACCCUGAUCAUAAUCUCUUCCUACACUGCAAACCUUGCUGCUUUCCUGACUGUGGAGAGGAUGGUGUCCCCCAUAGAGAGCGCUGAAGACUUAGCCAAGCAGACUGAAAUUGCAUAUGGGACCCUGGACUCUGGUUCAACAAAAGAAUUUUUCAGACGAUCCAAAAUUGCUGUGUAUGAGAAAAUGUGGUCUUACAUGAAAUCCGCAGAGCCAUCUGUGUUUACCAAAACAACAGCUGACGGGGUAGCCCGAGUUCGGAAGUCCAAGGGAAAGUUCGCCUUCCUGCUGGAGUCGACCAUGAACGAGUACAUUGAGCAGAGAAAGCCGUGCGAUACGAUGAAAGUUGGUGGAAAUCUGGAUUCCAAAGGCUAUGGUGUGGCAACCCCUAAAGGCUCAGCAUUAAGAAAUGCUGUUAACCUGGCAGUAUUAAAACUGAAUGAGCAAGGCCUCUUGGACAAAUUGAAAAACAAAUGGUGGUACGACAAAGGAGAGUGCGGCAGCGGGGGCGGUGACUCCAAGGACAAGACCAGUGCUCUAAGCCUGAGCAAUGUGGCAGGCGUGUUCUAUAUACUUGUCGGAGGUCUGGGCCUGGCCAUGAUGGUGGCUUUGAUAGAAUUCUGUUACAAAUCACGGGCAGAGUCCAAACGCAUGAAACUCACAAAGAACACCCAAAACUUUAAGCCUGCUCCUGCCACCAACACUCAGAAUUACGCUACAUACAGAGAAGGCUACAACGUGUAUGGAACAGAAAGUGUUAAGAUCUAGGGAUCCCUUCCCACCGGAAGCAUGCAAUGAGAGGAAAUCACUGAAAACGUGGCUGCUUCAAGGAUCCUGAGCCAGAUUUCACUCUCCUUGGUGUCGGGCAUGACACGAAUAUUGCUGAUGGUGCAAUGACCUUUCAAUAGGAAAAACUGAUUUUUUUUUUCCUUCAGUGCCUUAUGGAACACUCUGAGACUUGCGACAAUGCAAACCAUCAUUGAAAUCUUUUUGCUUUGCUUGAAAAAAAAUUAAAAUAAAACCAACAAAAAAUGGACAUGCAAGAUUCUAGUAUGCGAAAAAAUCUUAUUAAAAACAUCAAUUCAACAAAAGCCAUUCUUUGAUACCACUGCGCACCACACAAAACCAUGUUCGUUAACACACACACACACACGCACACUCUCUCUCUCUCUCACACACACACACACGCACACACUCUCUCUCUCUCUCUCACACACACACACACGCACACACUCUCUCUCUCACACACACACACACACGCACACACGCAGACAUGCACAUACGUAUACACACUCACACGUACAAAUUUAUUCGAAUUCAGCAAAUAGACCCAUCUUAGCUAAAAGAAGAAUUCCUCCUGAUUUAAAAAAAAAUCUGUCUCCCAGUGUUCGGGCAGACAGACUGGCAUUUCUUCUAGGAUCUGCAGAUCAGAUGUUUUUGGUAUUUCCUGUUGGUGGUGAUGUUCUGUGCACCUAUUUCCUUUUGAUGUUGCUGAAUUGUGUAAAUCUUUAGAAUGUAAAUGUGACACUUAAGAAAAUUCAAAUGCUUUGGGAAAGAGACUGAAUGGUGACUUAGUGUUCUUGCAAUGGUUUUGUGAAAAAAAAAAAUGUUUGGAGAACUCCCCAUAGUGGAGGUGAAGGGAUUAAUAGAGCUUUUGAAAUCGGCUUCUGUGUGUACCCCGGGGCAGGGCACUAUCAGGCAUACCUCUCGGUGCUUUCCUAAAACGGAUCCCGGAGCUUUCCAAGAAGCCUGGAAUUAGAGCUCACAGAUCUGUUUUUCUUGCUUCAGUGUGCAUUUUAAGUCAAUAUAGCCGAGUAGUCGAAUAGUAAGCAUUGAGGUGAGGGAAAUGUUGCCUAUUCUCCCAGAUGUGUUUGGAAUAUCUUUCUCAGAAAACAACACUGUGUUUAGCUCUGCUUUCUCUGCUAAGUAUGCCUUUUAAGUGUACAACACGGACACAGGACCGUGUUGCAAGGCAGGCCAGUGGAUUCAGACCACAGUUCUCAAUCUGACUUUACUCUUGCUAGGUCUGUUUUACCAGCUGUUGCCUGUUACCGCCUGCCUGUGGCUCUCCGUCAGACUGCAUGUGUCCUUUUCUAGUUUGCAAAGACUAAGACGCAUUCCUAAACCUAUUGCUAACCUGAGGGACCUAAGUAAGCAUCACUCCCAGGUCCUUGCUUGGAGCAGUUUCUCUACUGACUCACCGAAGAUCGCCCCACUGCUCCAUGGGCUCUCAAGUAACUAAUUGCAAACCUGCUGUUGGCAUCACCAGACCAGUCAGAGGAAAUAGUCUCCGCUCACUAAUUACCUCCUAUAUAACGACGUAUGCUUUAUGUAGUUCAGUAGUAUGCUCUCAUCAGUAACGUGCAUUGGAAAGUUUCCAGACUGUACAAAUUAGGAGCCCACCUCCAUUUCCCAAGUGUGACCCUUAGAUGCUUAGUUGACUCGCUGCACAUUUGCUCUCGUCUUUAGAAAAGAAAGGAAGAGGUCUCGUUCCAAUGAAACAUUUCCGGAAAGGUGUAAUAUAAACUUUCAUUCCAGAAAGUGUGUCAUGAGCAAAUAACUCACCUGUCAGAUUUCUAAAUGGUAUUGAACACAAAAGAAAGCUGUUGUGUUUUGUUUUGUUUUGUUCUCAUGAAACUGUGAUCUUUCAACUUAUGAAUGCUGUAAUUGUCCCAGUGCGGGAAGCUAACGCUGUGUGAAUAUGAAGUUGUAUAAAGCAAACCAACCGACCUAUACACAAACACUUUUCAUAGGCACUGUAUAAAGAGAAAUGUAUGUUUAUUGACUCAAAUCAGUUUUUCAGAGAGGAAACUUUACUGAGAUUAAGAAGCGGGUAAAUUGGUUUGUUAUUUAAAAAAAAAAAACUUGCAUGUUUAAAAAAAAUGUUGAUUGCUUCAAAUUUCUGCUAUUAACUUCAAGCUAUGGGAGUUUGGCGGUAGUCAAUUGAGGAUUUUUUUCCAAUUCUUUCCUUUUUGUUGUUAAAGCUGUACUUCAGUGAACAGAAAAAUUGCCAAGCAAACUAAUGGCCGUAAAAGUGUAAAUUGCAUGUGUGGGCAUAAUUACCGAACCUCAUUGCCAUGAGGUAUUGUACAAAGUUUUAAUACAUUUUGUAAAUAAAAUUGUAAAGAAAGAA